AUGUUCGGCCAGUCUUCUACUUCCAGUUGUCUGUGUUGUUACUGGCUUCCUUCUUUUCUAGGCUUUGCUCACUCUUCUUUGCCCUGACCCAAUUAGUUAUGAUUGAAGAACAGUGUUCCAAUGUCUGCAUUUAGAUUUAAAACUUAUCGUAGCACAGUAUCGUCUACUUUUUGUUGAUGUUCCAUCACGGUCUUCCCUUUUCUAUCAUGACUUGGGCUACUUUCUCUCAACCCAAGAGUCUUCGUUGUUCCAUGCCUUGAUCCAAUUAGUAAUAAUUGAUGAACAGUGAUUCGUUAUCUGCAUUAAGGUUUAAAACUUAUUGUAACACGACGUCACUUAAAGAGCGUUCAUUCAUUAAACAAGAAAAUGAAUGAGAGGAGCAAAAAGUUGAGGUCAACAUCAAGAUAGCAACCAUAGGUAGUUGCUUUAGUAACCUAAUCCCAAUGGGGCAUUUUUUAAAGUUUAGACGAAUCUUAUACAACAAGGCUUAAUUAUUAAAUAGAAAACUAUUUUAUGACAACACUUGAAAAAGACAUUAAUCUUCUCUAGUAAUCCACACUAUGGUAUCAAUGAUUAUGAUAAUGAAUGAUUUUGUGUUAUAUAUACACGUCAUUGUAUUAAUCUAGAAAGGACAGUUCGAUGUACUAAAGUUCCAGCUAUGUGCGGGAUUCGACCACAAGAGUCUAUUAUACGCAAUCUUAUUUUGAAUUUCUGUCAAGAACUGUUUAGUCUAUUAUACACAAUCUUAUCUUGAAUUUCUGUUGAGAACUGUUUUCAAAGCUUGAGCAUUAAAACUUAUUGUUUUACAUUAAAACCAUAACUGAUCAAAUCAUAUAAGAAAUCUUGAAGAGAUAUGUAAUACAUAGAAAUUAAACUUUGAUAUAAUUGGCAUCUCACAUUCAUCAAUUUCCAAUUCUUCAUAUUAGCAACCUUCUUGUCCUUGUGACUCAAUUUGAAGUUAACAUUCCAACCAAAAGUGCAAAUUUGGAUUUUUUUGACCAAAAAAAUGUUAUGUUGGAAUUGGAACAUUAAAACUCAUUGCAAAUAGAUAAUUGCUAGGACAUUAUCAAUUGAGAAAAAUAAUAAAUAUAAAUAGUUUUCUUUAAAUCAAUUUUAACCUUUUGUUAUUUGGAUUGUUUAAGAAGCUCUCUAUUUUGCCUCCAAGUGGCAGUAUUUCCUUAACCUUUGUAAUUUUCCUCUCAUUAUUUAAUUGACCUUAAAUAAUGCUAACCUUUUACUAAGUCCAACUAUGAUAAACCAAAUGAAAUUUCAUAAAAGUGUCUUCCCUCACUUAUGUUUCUAAUAAAAUUUUCCAAUAAUUCCAUCAAUAUAAUUUUAUAAUACCAUUCAACUAACAUUAUUUUCAACUAAGUUGUUUAUCAUCUUAAUAAACUUGACAAAGUUUUGCAUGAUUGCUAAUAUGGAAAUUUAUAAGUAGCUAAAAGUUGAUUUUUCAGUGUACAUUUUAUUUGAGUCGAAGGUUUAUUAGAAACAGUCUCAUUCCCUCACAAAGGUAGGAACAAAAUUUACGUAUAUCCUAUCCUUCUCAAACUCCAUGUAUGAGACUACAUCGGAUAUGUUGUUGUUGUAAUCAGGUCAAUCAAAAUUAAAUAGAAAUUUGGAUUGAAAGCCAAAAAUCUUGUAGAAAAUCAGUCAAAAACAUUGAUCAAGUUUUAGAAAAAGAAACACUAUAAAAAAUAGAGAGGAAUGAGUCAUCUUUUGAGAUAUAAUAAUAUAUUUUCAAUUUUUAAAUAAGAAAAAAAGGAACAAUAUUUACCUAAUACCAAACAAACACAAUAAAACAACAUAAAAUGAGACAACUCAACUUCUUAACUAUAGAUACCUCAAUGCUUACUAUUUUUCUUUUUAAUAACUAUCUGGUAUUCACUGGCUCGACUAAUUCAAAUUUGCACCGCAUUAAAUAGCGCUCCUUAUAAGAGUUUUCUCCAUAUCCCAAAGUAGAGGCCGGAACCACUAUGCAACUAAUGUGUUCUACAGAACUAAGUAGCUUUGGCGUAAACUUUGUAUUUGUGUCAAAGAUCUAAUAAUGUAUAACUAAUUAAGCCACAACCUGGAAGUUUUCAUCUCUAUAAUCUACAACGGCAACAUAGCCAGCGUAGCCCCACGAGUGGGGUCCGGGGAGGAUAGAAUGUACACAAACCUUACCCCUACCUUUCCAGAGGGACUAUCUUUUCUAUAAUCAGAACACAUAUAAACUCAAAAUUCUAGCCCAGCCCGAAUUUUUUUGUCUUUAAGCCUUGUAAACAACCUCUACCAGAAAUGCAAGAUAAGGUUGCGCAUAAUAGACUCUUGUAGUCUGACCCUUCCCCACGUGUAAUGGGAGCUUUAGUGCACCGGACUACCUUUUUGUUUUCAACAUCAAUAAAAUAAGAGGUUGCUAUCUCAAAGCUUCAUUUGUAUAAAUAAAAUACAUAGCCACAACAACAACAAAAACAAAGACAUGUAGGUAAAACUUUCUACAAAAACCUUUUAACAACUCUAACUAAACACCCUCAUUACUCCAAACUUGCCUCUUCUUUUUACAUAAACUUUGUUUCCAAUGGAAAUUAACUUCCAAACACAUCAUCAUAAAGAAGAAAUCUCAAUGAAAAAAGCAACCAAAUUCAACAAGGGAAGAAAAAGAACCAACAAUACUAGUAGUAGUAGUAGUAACAAAUUUGUUGGUGUAAGGCAAAGGUCUUCUGGAAAAUGGAUAGCUGAGAUUAAAGAUACAACACAUAAGAAGAUAAGAAUGUGGCUUGGAACUUUCGAAACUGCUGAGGAAGCUGCUCGUGCUUACGAUCAAGCUGCUUGUCUCCUUCGUGGAUCAAACACGCGAACAAACUUUGUUACUACUCGCGUUUCUUCAGACUCUCAACUUGCUUAUCGGAUCAGAAAUCUUCUCGAUAGUAAGAAAUCUUCUUCGACAUGUAGUACAGGUAGUAUAGUUCAUUCAGUUUCUGGCGCGAAAAUUCAAGAAAGUCAUGAAAAAGUGGUUAGUUCUUGUGAUGAUGAUGAGAUAACAAUACAAGAAAAUCAACUAUAUAAGCCUACAACAACGAAUAUGACAAUAGCGGUUAGUGCUGAGUUUCAAACAAGUUGUGAUCGGCUAUAUGAAUCCUCGCUGACUAAUACUGAAGACUUGUAUAAGCCUGAUAUGAUGAGUUGCUCGAGUUCGUGUUCAUGGGGAUUUGAAUAUGCUCAGGAAUUGUUAGAUUUUCCUAUUUUGGAUGAGAGUAGAGGCGAAAUGGGAUAUACGGAAUUUGAGAGAAUGAAAGUAGAAAGGCAGAUAUCAGCAUCACUUUAUGCUGUGAAUGGUGUUCAAGAAUACAUGGAGAGUGUUCAUGAUCUUGAUGAUUUAUCUCUUUGGGAUCUUCCUCCUUUGUGUUCUUUGUUAUCGUAAAAUUCAUCAAUGGUUUCUUUUACCAAUCAUAUUUCGUGUAAGUUCUAUAUUUGCUUUGUCUUUUUAAAAAAGAUGAAAGAUAGCUUAGAGUUGAUUGAGCAUAAUCUCUGCUCGCUUCUCGUGUCUCUAAACAUUGUCUUGUGAAGAUCUGUCAAGUGUCUACGACAUAUUUGAUCAGUCUCGUGAUGAAGAGAAGUCUUUUCUGA